GUGAGGCGCGUGCGCGGGCAGCCACGUGUGUGCGCCGGCGCCGAGGGGCGGCGGCGGCGGCGGCGGCGGGGCGAUGGGGAAAAGCCGCGCGCGGCGGUUCCGCCGGGCGCCCUUCUCCCCUGGCGGCGAGGCCCCCGCGGGCGGCGGGCGGCGGCGCGGCGCCGAGGACGGCGGCGGCGGCGGCGGCGGCGGGGGGGAGGAGCCGGCUACGGAGCUGCUGGAGAAGCUGCAGCAUCCAAGUGCUGAAGUGAGGGAGUAUGCCUGUGCCAGUAUCUCCAAGCUGUUGCAGCAGAAGCAUGUUAUCCCAGCCUUUUUGCAGAGAGACGUUGUCCGGUGCUUGGGGCCUAUGUUGCUGGACCACAGCUUAGCUGUUCGUGAGACAGCUGCGGGGGCUCUCCGAAAUCUCAGUGCUUGUGGAGGAUUUGAAGUCUGCGAUGACAUGGUGACAAAAGACAUCAUGACACCCCUUGUCGCACUUCUGAAAGAGUGUAGCGCUGGACUGGAUGCUAAUCAGCUCUCUCCAAAGAAAUGCAGAGAAAUGAACAAAAAUUAUGUUGAAGACAUAGCCAAUGAGGCUAUUAACUUGCUGUGGAAUGUGUGUGAAUGCAACAAUACAGCAGUAUCCAUAUUCAAUAAAGAAGGGUGUCUGGAGGCUGUAUUACAUUAUAUGAAGAAAUUUUCCACAAAUGUGGAUCUGGCUAUUUCAGUAGCAAACUGCUUACAGGCAGUAACAGAGGAUAAUCCCGAACUUCUUUCUUCGUUCAGUUCCUCUGCACAACAAGUACUGGAAACUGUUAUGUUGUGUCCGGAGAGCACAAUGAAGCAUAUCCUUUUGAGAACGCUGAUAGCAGGCACUAUCUGGAAUAUCAAGGACACCAUUCCACCAGGCAGCCUGGCAAGCAUGGUUAAUGCAAUCCUGAAGAUUUUCUCAGAAUCAUUAGAAGUAGAUGCUGGUGAAACAAUUAUUCGUAUGAAUGAAGCUGAAAAAAACAGGUUAAAACUUGCUGCCGAGGCAGAAACUGAGGAAAACAUGAGUGAUGUUAUAGAAAACUGUGUUUUGAGUGAAGAUGAUGAAAUGGAAGAAAUAUCAAAAGGAAAAGUCGGAAGAGAAAAUGACAUUUCAGACCUACUUCCAUCUGAUAAGUGGGAGCUGAAAGAAGUGACAGCCUUACUGAUGGCUCAGCAGACUGCUCUGGAAAUCAUUGUUAACAUGUGCUGCAGCGAAGAUCCCUCUGACGAUGAAUGGGAGGAACUCUCCAGCAGUGAUGAAAGUGAUUUGUUUAUGGAAAAUUCAUACAAUGAGGGCAGUGGGCUGCUAAUGUCACCCCUGUGCCUCUCUGAUGAGGUUAACUCAGCGUUUCUGAACUACCUCAUUCCAAAGAAGAUUCUUGAAAAAACUGCUUUUCCGAACAGUGUUGCUCUAGACAUCUGUAUGCACAAUCCAUCUUGGAAACCAUUAAUUAAAAAACUGAACACAGUGCAGUGUAGAGCUUUGACAUGUCUCCACAGCAUUUUAUUAGUGUCAGAUGUGGAUUGUCUCGGAGGAGCUUCAGCGCUUCAGUCACUUGCACAGCAUCUCUCACAGCUAGUCUUUUCUAAAACGGAAUUUCCUAAAGACACAGAAUUCCUGGAAGCUAUAACUAGUGCUUUGAGGGCUCUCUUACAAACGAUGGCAUCAAAGAACAUCUCCCAGUGUAUGACUCCUGAGCAGCUAAUCGCUUUAUGUGAAGCUGGUAUUCAGAGCAGCAAUGCCAGUGUUAGAGUGAAUGUAGUUAGCAUCCUUGGAAUUUCUGGCAGUGUCCUGGCAAAAGCAGAAGAUACAGCUGAAACACUAAAGAUGAUUGGAAAAUUUCUUCUUGAGGUUGCUAUGAAAGAAUCUUCUCUUGUAGUAGCAGGGGAAGCCUUGGAUGCACUUUUUGAUGUGUUUGCAGAUGGUAAAGAAGCAGAAAAGGCAGCAGUACAGAUUAAGUUGCUCCCAGCACUGAAAGAAUUUCAACCAGUAUUCAAAAUGAGGAUGCGAAAAGAAGGCAAAGGAGGAUAUAGUGCAGAUCAGCUCUGUGUUCUUGACAACGUGAAGAUGAAUUUGAGAAGAUUCAUUGCCUAUCAGGAGACACUAGUGAAAAACCCAACUUGAAACAUCAAGGAACGUUAAACUAAGGUUUCCUUUAUUGAAUAAUGUUUUCCAAAAAUAUAACCAUUUUGGCUUCUAAAAUUUGUUGAGCAGAGCAGUUUUGCUUUCAUGUUAAUAUUGGUUUUGGUUUUUUAUUUUUUUUUUUACAUUCAGUAUUUUCGUACUUCUGGGUUGAUGCAAUAUGCAAGUAGCGUCAGCAUACAAAAGAAUAGCAUUGCUUUGAGAUUAAAUGUUAGCAGUGAUAAGAAUGUGCUUUUGCGGUCCUGAGAUCUAUAAAUAGCACUGCUGUCAAUGUUUAGAAAUCCUCGUGUAUCCUGGCAGAAAAUUAUCAUUGCAUGAAAAAGUAAUUUAAGGAAUGUCCUCAGUUAUGUGCCAGAUCAAGAAAAAGGGAAAAAAAAAUCCCGCUGAGAUAUUUUCAGGGAAUUCAUCAGUGGCAGAAUGCUCAUAUUUGCUAUUUGUUCUUACCUAUUUCUAGAAUUGCACAAGCACUUAUGGCAAGUUUCCUGAGAGAAGUGUAUGACAAGUGUGUAGAUUACUGUCAGCACUUGGAUCUAUUACUUCUUGAGGUUUAUCAGAGAGAAAACUGUCUCAGAUUCAUUUAUGAUAAAUUCAGUAGGGUAGGCUUUUACUGUGGAAAUCAGUUUAAGAGUAUCCAACUCUUAAACACAGUUCUCUUUUUUACUGUAUUUUGAUUGGUAUUUCAGAAAAUCAAGUCCGCUAAUUUACCUUCUUCCUUGUAAUUCUGCAUUAGGAUAAGUAUGAAUUCAGGGAAGUAGUAAACCUAAUAAAGAUAGAUAUUUUUUAUACUGAGUUAUUAUCUAAAAUACUUUUAUAAUUGCUUAAAGUAUCUUUUCAAAUAUUUGUGAUAGAGACUUUUGAAAUGUAAAAAUAUUUUUCAAAGAAAUGUCACUGAUUCAUGAAGAUUAUAUGUGGACUUUCAUAUAUCAAAAGUUUCACUUUUGUUUCUAUGAACAAAAUAUUGUAUCAAGUACGCUUUUUUAAGAAAAAAUAUAAGGUGGGAGAAACUGAAGCACAACAAAAAGUUGUAAGUUGAACUUCAAUGUUGAGGAAAAAAAUUAACUUGUUUAUGAUGACUUCCUCAGUGUUCUUUCCCUCUAAAAUCCAUACAAUGUAGUACACAUCCAGAACUGUUUUCUUGUGACUUCUGAAAUGGGGACUGUUUUUUUUUCCCCCCCUCCACUGUUAACCUGCUGCCUGCAGUAGCAAAAGCAUCUAGUUUUGGGCAAAAUUUUGCUCAAAAUGUUAGGCAUGGAACUACAAAAAUCAAAUUUGUUUGAUUUGUUAGAUUUCGGUCUCUUUUAGACUAGAAAGCAGGCUUUAGGACUGACUGGAUAACUUGAAAAUAACUAAUUUUGUGAAAUUCUGACAUUUUUGUCAAGUGAAAGAAUAUGAAAAAUGAAUUUAAACAACUGCACUGCCGUUCUUGCUGUUGCUUUUCAGAAGUCAGAUUAAAUGUGUGAUGUGAUGCCUGCUAAUCAAAUGAGUGAGGGAGUGAGUGUCAGGGAUGAGGAGGCUCUAAGACAAUUGCAUCUGGGCAUUGAAAGUACAAGAGAAGUCCUGAGGAAAAUGUAGUGAUUGAAAGGUUUUCCUGGGAUUCAAUGGGGGCGGCCAAAUAAGAGGGUCAGUGUAUAACUGCUGAGGAAAGAAUAGCUAGGUGGAUUAUGGCACACGACUGCACAGUGUGUGGAUUUUAAUCCCAAUGUUAGCAAUACUUGCCGUAUACUGAGGAUAGUAUAAUAUUAGCCUAAUUAAAAGGAGCUAAAAAGAGCAGGGCUUCCUUCAGAGUCAGAUCAGCUUGUGCAGGCCUUGUCCAGUCCGAGUUUGAGCAUCUCCAAAGAUGGAAAUUCCACAACCUCUCUGGACAACCUUUUCUCGUGCUUGACUGCCCUCACUGUGAACAUCUUUUUCCUUAAACCUAGCUGGAAUUCACCUUGCUGUCAAAUGUGCUUCUUAUCUUUUGACUGUACACCAUGAAGAGUCCAGCCACAUCGCCUUUUAUAACCCCCAUCAGGUAGCUGAAAACAGCAGUUAUAUUCCCUUUUCCUCGUGGCCGAACAAACUUAGCUCCCUCAGACCUUUAUACAUCAUGUGCUGCAGCCCUCUGACCAUCUUGGUGGCCGUCCGCUUGACCUGCUCUGGUGUGUCAAUGUCUGCCCUGUACUGGGGACUCCAAAACUGGGCACCGUACUCCAGAUACAGUCUCACGAGUGCUAAAUAGAGGGGAAUAAUCACUUCUCUUGACCUGCUGGCCAUUCUCCUGCAAGUGCAGGCCAGUAUUUGUUAGCAUUCAUUGCUGCGGGGAUGUACUGCUGACUUCUGUUCCUCCCAUCCACUAGGACCCUUAGGUCCUUCUUUGCAAAGCUGCUCUUUGGUCAUUCAGACAAUAGCCUGCCCUGUUUUGUUGGAUUAUUCUGUCCCAACUGUAAAAUGGAGGCAUUUUACAUCAGGUAUAGCAGUCAGAAUCUGAUUCCUGGGGACUGUUAGAAUGAUUAAGUGUACGUUAUUUUUUGUUUAGUUUCUAUUUAGGUCACUAAUGGGAAGAAAUGUUUCAUCUUCAAAUACAAAUCUUAAAGUUGCAGAUAAAUAUAUAGAAGAUGAUGCCCUGUUUUUGUAAUAUGAUCUAUCAGGCCCUCUUUUUUUCCUUCAAGUUAAAAGACAGACUGUCAUUUAGAACCUAAACUACUCCAGCAGUAGGAAUUUUUUUUUUUUUUUUGCUAUGCAGUAAUCAAUUGAAUAUCUUUUCUUUUUUUAAAAAAAAAAAGCUUAUAGAUGUAUAGUAUUACAAACCAUAUCUCUUUCAGAAGUAAAUGAUUUAAUGUUUAAAUACUUGUUUCUAUCUUCUGGUACACAUGCUAUUUCUAGCUAAUAACUAAAAGAGUAAUGAGGACAUAUGAAGGUGUUUUUGUUUCUUGUGAGCUUGUACUAAAACUCUAAUGUAUAAAAAUUAAGUAGUCCAUUCACCCUUGGAGCACUUUGUUGGACCUAUUCCCCUGAGUGUAGGUCAAGACUGGCAAGCUGGCUCUUCCACCUCUAGCUUACCAGGUGUGUUUGGUUCGACAAGGGAGUGCUGUUACUCUUGGGGUUUUUUGCUGCUUUAUGUUACUUCAUCACUAAUAUUAAUGAAAUUUAUAUAUGAUUUCUUAACAUUGCAUCACACAUAAGAUGCAGUCUGCCCUUGCCAGUGGUCCAUAGCAAAAUGGAGCCCUGAUCUUCCUUUGAGAUUUCUGUGAUAUUGCAGUUAUUUUAAUAAUAUUUAGCCAACUGCAUAUUUUGGAGUCUAUAUUUUUUGUUUUCCUGUUGAAUGAAGAAAAUCUUACUAUGCUACCUGUCUAGCCAGUAGCUUUGUGUAGCUUGCUCUUGAUGUCUAAUGGAGGGCUUGUGACUGAAUAUGAGAUAGUAAUUCUGCAUGCUAAUUUAAGAGAGUAUGUUCUACUCAUAAGAGAUAAGAUGUAAGAUAGUAGGAAAAGUACACAAGACAGUGAAGAGGCUAGUUAUCAGUGAUUGAGAGAAGUGUCAGAUCAUGACCUAAAGAGAAAAGACAUGGAUAUGUACGGAAAAACUAAAUUGUAAGAUAGGGACUAUAGAAAUUGUUGUAGCACAGUUGGGAAAAUGAUGCCAGCAAAUGAAAGUGUGUAGCAAAAAUGGAAUGUUUGAAAUACUCUUUUGGCACUGACUUAUUUAAUUAGAUUUAAGGUAAGUGGGAGAUGGAUAAUGUGAAAGCAAAAUUUUUGACAGCCCACAAAGACAAAGCCAGAUCUUGGAGAUUCUUUGAGGGUGGGAGAAGUUGGACUGAUCUAGACAGUGCGGCAUAAGUAAAUAGAUGCUGGAUGUGCAAGUAUAUGUCAUGAAUUCAUGUGAUCACACAGAUUAGAUCAAUAUCAGAAGGGGUAUCUGAAACAGUAUUUGUUUGCUUAUCCUGGCUCUGAAAAAAAGGGGGGGGGGGGGAAGAAAAACCCACAGUCCUUUAAAAAUCUGGAUUGCUGCUUUAUCAGUUUUCCUGUCUGACACCUAACAAAACAGAAUCUCUGCUCUGGAUUGAGAUUUUAUGCCAUAAUGUAUGUUUAAUUUAGUGGGUUUAUGGCAUUAAGUAGAGUUUAAAGGAAGAUGGCUCUCUGCUUCCCCACCUUUUCAGCAGCAGUAAGACAGGUAGCAUUUGCUGCUUUUGUCCUCUUUGCAGCCUCCAAAGUGUUGAAUCAUAGACCGUGUAGAUAAGGAGUUAUCAUUGCUUUGUGGUUUUGUCUUUACUCCCUAUGCAAAGAAACAAGUGGCAACAUUUAAACAAACAUUUGUUAUGAAGCACUAUUUAUAUGUCAUGCCUUGACAUUCAAAACAUAGUUAAAAGUUUGACUAUUUGAGAUUUGUGGUGUGUUAGGGUUUUUUUUAAUAUGUCCUUUUUAAGAUUCUGCUCUCUUGGAUGAACAAGAAUAUCUUAAACUACAAAUUGCUUUGUUUUUACUUUUGUAUUUUGAGUGAAAACGUAAAAAAAUGAGAGCACAGUGGAAUCACAAAAUGAGAACUCUGAGAACAAAUUAAUUUAAAACCACUUUGUAGUUUAAGUAUUGUAAAUGAAAUGUAUAUCUUGUGGAAUAUUAACAUAUAGCAACCAACCAAAAAUGCACAUAAACUCAAGUUCUCUUUCCUUAAUAAGUAAUUUUCAGUGAAAACAUUCUCGGAGGAUUGGUUAGAGACAUCUAGCCUUACAAUUUCUGUUGCAAAUUAAAAUCCAGGCAAUGUUGGUGGUAAUCGAAAAUCAUGUAAUGGUUCCUUUCUGGCACACAUGAAAUGAACUAAUGCUCCAAAUACAGUUUACAGUGGACUUACUUUUAAGAUAUGUAACAUUGUUAAGAUAAUUGGCAAAAACUGAAAAUUCUGAUCAUCACAGCAGAUCCAGGGAAGCUGAAGUUUUUCCACACAGGCUGAAAUGUGGUGUUUCUGUGUGAAGAAGCUUGUACUGAGUAGUGCUUUUUUCUACUGAGUGGUGCUUUUUUUUUUUUUUUUUUUUUUUUUUCCCCCCCUACUCUCCUAAUAAAUUCAAACUCUUAACUUUUGUGCCUUUCAGGAAAAAUAGCAUACAUUUAAAUCAAUUGAGAACAAUUUCACUAUAACUUCAUUUUGUUUCUGUAGUGUUUUCCUAAUUUCCUUGCUUCUAUGAGAAGCAUUUUGCCAGACAUAAUUCAGUGACCACAUAAAAACAUAACUCGAGACUUGUACACAAAGGAUAUGCCAAGACAUUGGGUGUCAGGAACUCCUUGUGUUACUGUUGUAUUAAGGCCUUAAAAAUCAAAAUUCCUGGAAACUGAAAUAAGUUAUCAUUGUAAUUAUUCUGUAUGCUGUUAGAACUAGUGUGGUUGUUAUGUGGGACUUUUAAACACAACGGAAUGGCUCCGAUACAGCCAUGGGUGCUGUGAAGGACUCUGUCAGAGUGGAUGGCCAUCACAUAAAUGCCUCUGUCACUUCCGAAGACUCAGCUUCUCCCAGUUUUGUGUGUCUUUCCUGAGAAAAAUCUCUGCUGGGAUUCUUUGUUUUCUUUCCUCUCCGACACAUGAAUCUUCUUGAACUUUCAAGGAAAAGUGCAUUGACCUCUUCGCCCCCCCUUGUUGGAGUGUGAAGGGCACUUCCAGAAUUUAACUGGAGAAUGGCUGAUACGGCUAGAAAAAUGCAUGUUUCUAAAUAACCUGA